AUGUCGCAACGUCGUCGCAAGCCGUCGUCGCGACAUUCCCCCGACACCAAAGACAACAUCACGCCCAUCGGCUACGUCCUCGAGUGGACCGCACCGCAUCCUCACCACCGGCAUCGCCUCGAUACGGUCGACAACCUGAGGUCCGAGCUCCUCGGCGGGCCGCCGUCCGGUGUCCAGCAGCUCAUCGUUCUCCGAGGCGACGCCGUCCUCGAUACCGACGUGAGCGAAGCGCUGCGGAACCUCGCGGGCGUCGACAGCGCGUUUAUCGAAGCGUUUGCGCAGCAGGGCGCGCCGUGUCGUCGUCCGCGAGGUCCGGCGCGGUGGUGGACGGCGCGAUACCCGGAGGAGACGACGACGGAUGGGGGCAAGAGCGUGAUGAUACGGCGAGCGGCGCUGUGGCCGUCUUCGCAGGUCCCGGUUCUCUUGGUUGAUACGCCGCUCGUGGGGGAGGCGGAGGAGGAGGAGGAGGAGGCCGAGCGAAAGAGGAGGAGGAGACGCAAAGUGGAGGCACCGAGGCUGACGCACCAAGACGCAGCGACGAGACGCUCGGCGCUGCAGCACGGCGCGGCGGCGCCGAGACGGCAUGGCGCUUCGCAGCUUGCCGGGCCAGCCUCGACCGUGACACUCGACGACGAACUCGCCAGCGCCAUCGACCAUGCCCAGCAGCAGGUGAUUGCCCUGGAAGAGAUGCUCGCCGAGCUCGUCCACGACCGCUGGACAGCCCGCCUCGGCGCCCUGCCGCUUGACACCGCCGCGCGGUUGCUCUGGAGUUAUGCUGUCGCGCUCGAGCGUAAUCUCGACGACGACGACAAGAACAACAUGCGCCGCGGCACCCGCCAGAGCCUCCGGCACGUGGGCCCGGCAGCCGCCGCAUGGACGGAGCUCUCGCAACGGGUGCAGCUGCGCAUCCAGCUCGCCGCCGCCGCCGCCGCCGCCGUCACCGCCACCGCCCGUCCACCCUCUACGCCCCCUGCCACCGCUGCUGCUCUCGCCGCCGCCGCCGAUCCCGACUCUGACACGCGCAGCCUCGACCGCAUCGCGUACCUCGGGGCAGCGCUGCUCCCCGUCAGCAUCGUCUCGGGCAUCCUCGCCGUCGAGGGCCGCUACGGACCCGGGGGCGCCCAGUUUUGGGUAUUCUGGGUCGCGAGCGUCGUGGCGGUCGCGGCGGCGCUGGGCUUUGUCUGGCUGGAUCGGCUGCGCCUGGCAGAGGUCUGGAUCGAGAUGCCGACGAGCAGCGGUAACGGUGAUGGUGGUGGUGGUGUAGCGGCGGCGGCGGAGGAGGCGGCUGCUGGCGGCUUCGUCGCCGAUGGGGACAGAAUGGUGCGGGCGGCAAGCGCGUGGCGCAGAGAGCGGAUGGGCUGGGGGCGUGCGAUGAAGAAGGUGUCGGGGUAUUACAGUCUGCGUGGUGCGCGGUGGAUUCGCUUUCGGAAGCCGGUGACGGCGGAGGAGAAAUGGAAGGAUUGGAAAGACGAUGUCAUUGUCGUUGAAGAAGAGUAG